CAUCCAACUAAGCAUAUGCCUACUCCUGCUCAAUGGACAAAUGAAUUCAAUCCAGCAUACUCUUAUUACCUCUAUUACUGCUAUGCAAACUUGUACACACUCAACAAGCUGCGCGAGUCUAAAGGAAUGACAACAAUUAAAUUGCGGCCUCAUUGUGGAGAGGCAGGUGAUAGUGAUCAUUUGGCUGCUGCCUUCCUCCUAUGCCAUAACAUUUCCCAUGGCAUUAAUCUACGGAAGACUCCGGUUUUGCAAUAUUUAUAUUACCUUGCGCAGGUUGGAUUAGCUAUGUCACCGCUUAGCAACAAUUCCCUUUUCCUGGACUAUCACCGCAAUCCUUUGCCAAUGUUUUUCCAGCGAGGGCUGAAUGUCUCUCUCUCUACUGACGAUCCUUUGCAAAUUCAUUUGACAAAAGAGCCACUGCUAGAAGAAUAUAGCGUUGCAGCAAAGGUAUGGAAACUCUCUGCUUGUGACCUGUGUGAGAUAGCUAGAAACUCUGUUUACCAAUCUGGAUUUUCACAUCAAGAUAAGUUACACUCGCUAGGGGAUAAAUAUUUCUUAAGAGGUUCUGAAGGAAAUGACAUUCACAAGACAAAUGUUCCCAGUUUGAGGAUCUCUUUCCGAUAUGAGACAUGGAAGGAUGAAAUGCAAUAUAUUUAUGCUGGUCAAGCCACCUUUCCUGAAGAUGUAGAUCCUUGAAACAUGCCAAAUGAAAGUCAUUGUUCACCCUUGAUAUUAGAUAUUUACGUUUUGGCAGUGACAAGCUAU